GAGACAGAGAGAAAAAGAGAGACGUCGACCCGUCUCGCGCCUCCUCUCGCGCGAAUCAGUUCUCCGACUGAACACACGACGGCGACUCGCGGAAACCGCGGGACUCGGGUGAAAGCGACGAGGGUAAUCGCGUCGUCGCGAAUUCGUUAUCGGUCACUCGCGAACUCGCGUUCGCGAAAAUACGAGAGAGAGAGAGAAGGAGAGAGGAUAGAGGGAGAUAUUACUUGCGGAACACGCGGCGGAGCAACAGUGUUCGGCGACCUUCUUCUGGAGUGCGCCGGCCGGAGACGGUGAUAGGGGGCAAGUCAGGUGUCUCCACGCUCGAGCAGAGGCAGAGGAGUUCGAGAGAGGGUCGCGAGGUCAGCGAGAGGGCAUCGUGUCUCCGCGAUUUGGUUCCGCGAAGGCGUGGUGGGUCACGUUUGCGGGUGACAGCGCAAACACGUGAAAGAGAAGGACAUGGGAUUGAUAGUGAAACUAAUCGCGAUAUGUGCUGAUCGAUCGAGAGAUAGGUAUCUCUAAUCGAAUAAGACAGAGACUAGUGAUAGAAUCGAAGAGUAUAAAGAACUUUCGCCGAUUAUUAUGCAUCAUCCGAAUAUCUCGGUCAACUUCCCAACGUCAUCCCCCGUAACGAUCUGAUCUCGACGCGCGCUUCGUGGCUUGCUCGUGAUAAGUGUCGUAUGCGAAGGAUUUUUUACGGAAUUCGGCGUGGCUACGCGUGUCGAGGGAUAUCCCGAGAGAGCGGACCGCGACAAAGGCGGUAGUCGGGCAUGGUCGCGGAGGAUGAGGAAGAAAUACAAAAAUAGCUGUCCUCGUGGUUGACCGGAGAUGCACAGCUGACCAGCCGCGUCAGGGUACGAGAGAGCGAGAGAGAGAGAGAGAGGGAGAAAGAAAGAGAGAGAGAAGGAAAAAAGGAGAGGAAAAGGAAUGUUCGAUUAACAUAAGCGAGCGCUACGUCUCCGCGACAACCUUUCGGUUCUUUUGAACGAAGAAUCGAUUCGAUCGCGGGGUUUCGUGUAAACGCUCCGACUGCAAAACACACCACGUGCCUUCACCGUCGUCGUCGAACAGCUCCGCUACCCUGGGCGUCGCGACGCCCAACUCCCUCUCGCACGGGCCGAAGACGAGGAAUUGUUUUUUCUCCAUCGUUCGAGUACCGAGCGACUCAACAACGACGUCGUGGAAAUGUCCGACUUAUGCGCCUCAUCAUCGAGACACCCACCGUUCGCGAUCUCGACCCUCGUGACGUCUGACUUCGAUCCCACCAGGUCCAUCGGCGAGAUCCGCGAGUAUCGCCGAGGAGUGCCUGCGGUCAGGAACGCGAACCCGCCGAGGAUCGAAGCCACGAGGUUGUUGACCCGCCGCAUCGCGACGCCGUCGCGUCAAUAUUUUUCGGCUAUAUCGGAUCGCACGAUCAUAAAUUGAGGAUUCCCGAGGAAUAGGAAUUCAACGAUAUGAGAGCCUGUCGACGAGGGAGGACGAAUCACGUCAAGGACGGACGAGUCGCGACGGAGGCGUCGUCGUAGCUCGUCUCCCUGAAUCGUCGACGACGAUCAGGUGGAGACCGAAUCCUGCGGAGGGUUCGCCGAAAAACGCCGGCCGUAAGAAAGAUCCGUAUAUAUUUCCCGCAUAUCUAUAAAUAGAUGUUUUCUCGCGUGGAUACCGCCUCUUGAAAUACAUCCGUUGGCCACGGCACACAUCACGAAAGUGACGACGCGUGCACGUGCGACACGUAUGUCGGCCGUUCGACAAGGUGGUGGUACCGACCUUCCUCGUGGACGAUCGACGACAGGACGCUCCGCGCCGAAGAUCUUAAACGUAUAUCUAGAUAGAGACGAGAAUUUUCCGGGUCCAAAACGAACAGUCGGCAGAUUACGUCGGCGUCGAGCCUUUCGCGAUUCGUAGCCGCGCUCUCUCCUGAUAGUCUCCGAAUUCGCAACAUAUCGCGAAGACGAGACCAAGACCAAGAACAACGACCACGCGACCCCGGUGCUCCUGUGCGGACGGAGUAAAAGACACGAGAUAAGAGAGCAGCUGCGCGGGAAAGACAACAAUCUCUUCCUCGUUUAGCUGCCCGUACGCUUCUUCGUGUCCGCUAAGAAGCCCGAGGAAAGCAGAGACGAAUGCAUCGCUGAUUUACGCCGCGAUCUUCGUCCGAGAUUACAGCAACGAAAAAAAAAAAAAAAAAAAAAAGAUAUAUAUAUCUUUCUUUUCUCUUUCCUCCUUGAGUCAAAAGUCGCGCGAUACGUUACUCUAUCUUACGGCUAUGAUCGCUAUGCUCAACUCGUGCUGUGCUUUUUCUACCGUGCUCGUGCAUUGUAUGCCGCGAGUGUUUUUUCCUAGUGCUUUAGUAUUAUCGCGCGAUAAAUUAGAGAUAUAGGGCCCGUCGCGCCCACGUCACACGGUCAAACGCGGAAGUUUCGGCUGUCCAGAUACCUGAUAAUUCCUGUUCCUGAGAUGCCUGUUAGACGAGGUCACGUGGCGCCCAGAACUACGAUCAUCGAGACCAUCAUCAGAAAGUUCGAUACACACGAUCGAAGCUUUUUAGUGGCGAAUGCGCAACAGGGACUAUGCCACAUUAUCUACUGCUCGGACGGUUUCUGCCGGCUGACGGGCUUCUCAAGGGCCGAGGUGAUGCAGCGUCCGGCGGUCUGCGACUUCCUCCAUGGACCAAUGACGUCACCGCACGCGGUCGCGGCCCUACGAGACGCCCUCGCCGCUGGCGUCGAAAAGCACUUCGAGAUCCUUUACUACAGAAAGGACGGAACCAAGUUCCUCUGCAGCGAGGUAAUAGCGCUAAUAAGGAGCGAGGUGGACGAUAUUUGCCUACAAAUCAUAAACUUCGAGGACCUGAGCUCGCAACCACCGCCGCAGCCUGCGAUCCCGCCGCCAAGUCAGGCCAACAACAGGCUCGCGACACGCUUCGACAGGGCAAGGGCGUCCUUCCGGGCUGGCUUGUCGAGGACUGGUGUCGUUGGUCCACCGAGAGUCCGGAAUCGACCGCGCACGACGACUAAUUUGCCUCAUCGACUUGCUGACGGGACCAUCCUCGACGAGGACGCUUCUGAGAAUUGCCCGUUAACAUGUGGCUCGCCCACAAUGAUGGAAUCUUGGGGUCCUGGGAGAACCGGCACGCCACCACCGGGUCUGCCACCCCCGCCUUUGACGGGGAGCAACAACAAUGGUGGCGCAACAACGUCGGCGAUUAUCCCGGGUGUCAUACCGCAGCCCGGCACUACCGCUCCCAUCGCCAGUCCCGAGGGAGUGAGCGACGUCUCGCAAAAGUCGGGAAUUUGGGAGGGUGCGAAUUCGUCGUCGGGUGGAGCCGCGGAAGGUCCCUCGCGGAGUGUUUCUCACGCAGCGAGUUUGGAUGCGAUCUCGAAGAGAGCCGUGAAACCGGAAACGGCGAGGGUGCCUUGUCGCAGUCUCACCUGCAGCGUCUUAGCGGGUCGAGGGAGCGAACAUGUCACCCUCGAGCGACGACCAGCCACAGUCGAUAAUCUAGCCGAAGCGAAACAUUCGAAAAUAUUUCCUGGCGUCGCGUCUGAAAGUGAUCUGCAGAAAUGGCGAACGUCCAAAGACCGAAAAUCGCCAUCUCUGAGUCAGAUGGGACCAGAUUCCAUCAAACACAAAUUUUCCUUACAAGACAAUGGAUCUGCAAAGUAUUUUCAAGGAGCGAUGCACACACCGAACAUGGGAGAAAAAGUCGCUCAGGUACUGUCCCUCGGAGCAGACGUUCUCCCAGAGUACAAAUUACAAUCCCCCAGAAUCCACAAGUGGACCAUAUUACACUAUUCGCCGUUCAAGGCGGUCUGGGAUUGGGUUAUAUUGUUACUCGUGAUGUACACCGCCAUAUUUACGCCAUAUGUCGCCGCCUUCGUUCUGUCGGAUCCGGAUUAUAACACCAGAAAGAAUAAGAAGUACGGUGACGACCCCAUCGUCAUUAUAGACUUGAUAGUCGACGUCACCUUCAUCGUGGACAUUAUUAUAAAUUUUCGCACGACGUUCGUCAACAGCAACGAUGAAGUGGUGUCCCAUCCUGGAAAGAUAGCCGUCCAUUACCUGAAGGGUUGGUUCAUCAUCGACCUGGUGGCUGCCAUUCCUUUCGACCUUCUACUCGUUGGCUCGGAUACUGACGAGCUCGGCUUGGACAAGGACGAGACAACAACCCUGAUCGGACUUUUGAAGACGGCCCGUCUAUUGCGCCUCGUCAGGGUAGCCAGAAAGAUCGAUAGAUACAGCGAGUACGGAGCUGCGGUUUUAUUGCUCUUAAUGGCCACCUUCGCCCUCAUUGCUCAUUGGAUGGCGUGCAUAUGGUACGCCAUAGGAAACGCCGAGAGACCGACCCUGAAGAGUAAAGUUGGUUGGCUGGAUAUGUUAGCCAACGACACGCAUCAGUUUUAUUUUCACAAUAACACUGGUGGACCGAGUAUAAAAAGUCGCUAUAUCACGGCGCUAUAUUUUACCUUCAGUAGUCUUACGUCCGUAGGCUUUGGGAAUGUGGCACCCAAUACCGACACCGAGAAAAUCUUUACAAUAAUCGUCAUGUUAAUCGGAUCCCUGAUGUACGCUAGCAUCUUCGGUAAUGUAUCGGCGAUUAUUCAGAGGUUGUACAGCGGCACAGCUCGAUAUCACACGCAAAUGCUUCGAGUCAGGGAAUUUAUAAGAUUCCAUCAAAUCCCGAAUCCCCUUCGCCAGCGAUUGGAAGAAUAUUUUCAACACGCGUGGACGUAUACGAACGGCAUCGACAUGAACAGUGUUCUAAAAGGAUUCCCCGAGUGCCUUCAGGCUGACAUCUGUCUUCAUCUCAAUAGGAAUCUUUUAAACAAUUGCCGAGCCUUCGAGGCGGCCAGUCCAGGCUGUUUAAGGGCAUUAUCCUUAAAGUUUAAGACGACACACGCGCCGCCGGGUGAUACUUUAGUUCAUCGCGGAGACGUCCUGACCUCCCUGUAUUUUAUAUCUCGCGGGAGUAUAGAAAUCUUAAAGGACGACAUUGUGAUGGCCAUUCUGGGCAAGGACGAUAUAUUCGGCGAGAAUCCGUGCAUUUAUCCGACGGUCGGAAAAUCGUCCUGUAAUGUUCGCGCCCUUACUUAUUGCGAUCUUCAUAAAAUCCAUCGAGAUGAUCUACUUGAUGUUCUGGCGCUUUAUCCAGAGUUCUCCAAUCACUUCAGCCAAAAUCUCGAGAUUACUUUCAACAUGCGAGAUGAGGAACAGGCUGGUGUCGAUCCAAUAUCAGCAAGGUUUCCUAUCAGCACUCCGACUGACGUCGACGUCGACGCCAGGAGGUUCGCUUUCCGUCCACCAAGAUAUCGUCGAGGACCCGGUGGUCCUGGCACAAAUCUUAUUCCCACAGGUCGACAAGAUUCCUUGCAAGACGAUCAAGAUGACUAUGAUAAAGGCAGUGGCCAUGGGAUCUUAGAAUUCAGCACAGACAAAGCCGGUCAGGAUGUAACACCGUUGAAUCUGGAAUUCGACGAGCCCAAGCAGAGAAGUUCAACCUUAAAUUCGAUAACUGGCAUGCUAACCCAUCUCAAGCGCAGCAUACCGGAUCUACGUCAGCACAAGAUUCACCUGCAGCCGCUUACCAGCCACGAUUACCUCGCCAAGCAAAUAACCACGCCACUGACGAAAGCGGCGCGCCGGAGUUCCGCUACUGGCGAGAGUAGCCUCAGUCACAACGUCGUUCAUCCCACUUCGACAACGUCAAGCCACUACACCACACCGUCGCCCCCGCAGCAUCCUCAUUCCCAUGGCGACUUCCAGAGCGGCCCGGGUCGGCCCGUGGAGGAGAUCAACGCCAGGAUCGAUCUGUUGUCGCGACAGGUGUCCUCGCUAGAGCACGCGAUGGCCGGCGACAUCAGAUUGAUUCUGAGCUUGCUCCAGCAGACGCUCAACUCAUCCAGAGAGAGCUCCAGCAUCGAGAUGAUGCCGGGAACAGCGGGCGCGAGACAGAGCAGCCGGGCACCGGCCCUGGUCCAGAGAUCGGCGAGCGAGCCGCAACCGCCGACGGUUCCGGCGAGCAACGGAAACGGAAAGAUUCAGCCCAGCACGUCGCACGGCUUGUUCAGUAAACCUCCCACGAGGGAGCCGACCUCCACGUCAUCGGGCACGUCGCGGCUGACCGUCACGUCGGAGACGUCCGCGCUCGCAACUGCGUUGCAAACGGCACUGAACACCCGCACUGGACCCACGAGGUCGCAGAGCCAGCCGGUUGAUCUGGCCGUACCUAUCAGCACGCAGCAGCAAGCUCAUGCUUGGCACAGUCAGCCCGCCGCCUUCAGAAGGGGUGAAUACCGGAGUGGCGUGCCCUGCGACAGAUACAGCUCGUUCAAUAAACGCUCGGAGCCGGAGGGCGAGGAUCCCUGGAGCUGCGUGGUCUCGGAGGAACGAGGUGCCGGUGCCCAGCGUCCUCGUAGCGGCGACUCGCGCAAGGACUCGUCGAGCCAUCGGAGUGGCAACGGUACCGAGUCUGGGUCGGGUCAGCAAGGUCGGUCAGAGGGUAGACAGCAGGAAGGCAGAGGACAGCAGGCGAGCGGGUCGCGACAGCAGGACUCCUCGAGACAGACCAGCGAAGACAUGUCCUGGGAGUUCACGAUAAACGAGGCGCCGAUCGCCAGGCUCGAGUCCCUGGAUGAGCUCGAUCAGGAUCACGGUAGUUAAGGGAAAAGUAGGGAAACGUGAUUUGUCAGCUGACAGCUAUACGACAUCGCCGUGAGGAUCGGCUCGUCCUCUCGAGGGAACGACAUUCGCGGAAAGUCGCGAUGAGAAGCGCGAGCCGGGGCCGUUUGAUCCCUCUCUCGAGGGAAUCUCGUUUUUAAUUCGAUCGAGCAACUUAGUCGACGCGACGCGACGCUUAUCUCCAAGUUAAAUCAUUACAGCCGAGCCGCGAGCAACGUAACGCGACGCCUGCAGGUCGACCUUAGAGCGUGUAACGUUGAAGGAAGCGUAGAGGGUUGAAAGUAGGAAUUCUCCAUUUGCUAAUAUCUCGUUUACAUUAUAAAGAAAAAUUAACAAGAUCGACAUAGCGAAUUGAGGUAUAAUAAACGUUGUCUAUACAUCGAGAUGAUUUUUUAAACUUUUUAUUCGAAUUAUGAUAUCAAAAAUAUAAGGUACUUGUAAUAAUAAUAUUGCACGAAUUGUGAGAAUUAUAAGAGUAUUAUGAUAGAGAGGUUUCGAAAAAUUAUAUAUUACGAUAAGAUAUUAAUGUUAAGCGUUGAGAAAAAAAUCGAAGAAACAUUUGACGUUUUUUAAAAAUAAAAAUAUUAAACUAUGAACUAUAUGCUUCCUCCGGCUUGCGUACGCUCUAGAAACAUCAACGGACCUGUAAGCGCAAAGAUCAUUUUUUUUGUACUCGUAAUAGCGGCGAGAGAAAUCUGCUGCGAAAUGUACAUUUUCGUAUAAUGUAAAUGUACCUUUAUUUUUAUUUGCCAAGAGUAUCUCUCGCGUUAUACCGAUGACAUGUAGCGGCCGUCAUGUCUCGUUUCGUCAUCUCUGCUAAUCCGGAUUUAAACUUACGAUUGCUUAUUAAAAAAAAAAAAUCAUCGUACGAUUUUAGGCUCUUCAAACAUAUUCCGGCUUCAGGUCGACGAGCGCUUGUCUCUUCGGGAUUCCCGACAGCAGUUCGGACAAUUCGAUAUUCGUUUCUUCAUAUCGAUUUUUUACGCGUCGAAGAGAAGCAAACGAAAGAAAUAUACCGCAUCGCCAAUUAGACGCCAAUUAUUUUACUCACACAAGAUCGCAAAUAAUUAUUUAUAUAUAUUUACACGUUGACACACUCGUAAGCGCUGUAUAUCAUAAGGUAGGCACGAUUAAAGGCGAAAGAAAAAUGCGUUGAAAGUACAUACAUACAUAUGAAAUCGCGGAGAUUUUGACGGAGGACGAAAUCGUGAACCAAGUGUUUCGUCUUGCGCGAGAUUGAACGGUCAAAAAAAUAAAAGAAAUAUCUAACCCGUUAGAUAUCGCAUAGAUAUUCUCACAAUAAACACACGACAAGUUUGCAAUAAUUAAACGUAUGUUGAAAAAAAGAUUAACGUUUUAGCUGAUUUAUUAUGGUAGCACGAAAUAUUUUGGCAGCCUUCGAUUCACGUUCCCGCCGCAUUUCAAUAUUAAAUUCGGUAGAAAUGCAAUAAAUUUUCGUAUCGAUAUCUCUUCGCUGGAAAGUGAAAGAGCGAAAAGUAGUUUUCGAGCAAAUAGUCGCGAUUUCUGGCGGGUUAAUUAAUUAAGACGAUCGAAUUAGGGCAUCUUCUUUUUUAUUCUUGCUUAUAUAGGCAACGUUAGACGACGGUAUUAAGGUAACAAUACUUAAGACAAGUUUCGCGGUGCGGAAAGAUAUUGUCACAUAGUAAUUUAAGCCGGAACUUCGGUAGAAAACACGAAAAGAAACAAUUUUUUUUAGCCGCCAUACAAAGUAAUAGCCAUGUCCUUUAUACAGACAGAACGUGACAGGAUGACGCCUUAGACGAUUAUCAAGAUUCUUAUAAUUAUGAUUGUUAUAUUACGUAAUUAUUAUUAUGAUGAUUACUAUUAUUAUUAGUACUCUUAUGAUUAUUAUUGUUAUUAUUAUUAUCACUAUUGUAUAGCAAUGAAAGAAGCGCGAGGGAAGAAGGGAGAUGAAGAAAAUAACACCGAUGACAUAAUGCCUACGCAAUAAUAUAUAUUUCUACAUAUAUAUACAUAUACAGAGAGGUGAAAACAU